GGAACACACUGAAUAAUUUAGUGGGUAUAAAUAUAAGAACCAAUAUUUCAAAUAGAAAAAAGUUAGAAACUAAAAAAUAUUCUGUAACGAAAUACUAAGAUCCAAAUUUUUUUUUUUGUAAAAAAAUGUCUUUCUUCAAAUCACUAACUUUUAUUGCGAUUUCUUCCUUAUUCAUCGUGUGGAUAAACGCACAACUAUUGAAAUACAAAAGUUUGACAAAUGAUGAUUUUGCAGCAUUGUGUGCAAAAAAUAAUGUAAAUCUUACAGAAUUUAAAAACCACACCAGAUUGAUAGAUUUAUUUUUUGCCUAUGAAAAAGCGGAUGAAAAUCCUGAAAAAAAGCAAAACUGUAUGAAUAGUACUCUACGAAAGGAACUUGAAUAUAAUAUGAAUAAUAUAGUAAAAAAAUGCAUUCAAGGAAGUAUUGAAUUAGAUGAAAGUGACAUUCAACAACUUAUUGACGAAAGCGAGAGAAAAUAUUGUGGUUUCUAUCGACUUGUUUGCUAUGAUCGAUAUCUUGGUGAAGAAAUUGGUUGUCUUAAUUAUAAUUUGACUGACACUUGCGAAACUGAAUUUUUCAAACGAAAACAGGAGAACAUUAACGAAUUAGCUAAUUUAGGAUUAUCAUUUACUCCAAAUGGAUUCAAAAAUUUCGUUCAAAUUUUCGAAUGUUUUUUAACUGAUGCCAAACAUAAUUGUAAAAAAGAACAAUAUGCAAAGCGUAAGCAGAUUUAUAAAGAUUACAUUGAUACUUUAAAUGUGAUUCAUUAGUGAUCGCGAUUAUGAAAUUUUUUCCUCAAGAAGUUUGAAAAAUUACGUAGCUAAUCAGUUAAUUGAUAGUAACAAUU